AUGGCUGCGGUCCCAUCCAGCGUAGGCGCCUGGGCCUAUACGACGCCUUCCUACGCUACCACACAAUCGCAACGCUCUCAGAGCCUUGCUCAUUACGACCCACACCCCCAUCACCACCUCCAGCGGCGGCAAUAUCAUCAGCACCCUACCUCCUCAGCAUACGGUCUCGGCAUCGACGAUGCUGCACCUCGAACAUCGCUUACCUCGACCGCUCCAAUCUCCUCGUACCCCUCAAACGAGCAGAGUGCUUCCUCAUCGUAUCGCACCAACGCCUCUAGCACCUAUCACAGUCAACCCUUUGCGGAUGACUACCAUCACGCGCAGGCUACGUCGCAUCCGUCAGACUCCCGUCUGCACUACUCUUCGCUCCCCGCGUCAUCUUCCGCGAUCAAACGCCGCGGACGAUCCAAAAUGUACGCCAGCGAAGAAGCCCGCCAAGCCGCCAAGCAAGCGCAAAAGGCGCGUCGUCGAGAGCAGAAUCGUGACGCUCAACGUCGGCUUCGAGAUCGCAAGGAGGAACACAUCUUCAAACUCGAAGGAGAGCUAGCACAGCUUCGUCGGGAGAACGACGAGGUGCGAGGCUUGCAAGAGAUGAUCCGAAAGCUGCUGGACGAGAGGCAAGAUCUGCAUCGGAGACUGGGCAUUCAGCAGGAGGAAGGAAAGAUCGGACGGGACAACGCCUUGGGACUCGUCGAUGACUUGAUCAUGGGGAGGGGAGAUGCUCCGGGGCUGCGUGAUAGUGCGAACAGCAGUCGGAGCCACAGCGCCAGCGAUCAGGAUGGCAAAGAUGCAAGUAGCAGAAGCAGCAGCGCUACGGGCGCGUCCGUCUCGACACCUAGAUCUCCGACGAUGAUGCUGCAUGCUCCUUACGCUACGGAAAGCGCAAAGGACAGCCUGUCGAGCGCACCAUUUUUACAAGGACGUAUGCAGACGCCAUCCUUGCAUUUGCCGAGGAUCAAACUCGAGGCUUCUUCGAAUCGCGCUUCCAAUGGCCCCCUUGUCACUUCUUCUCUGCUCCCUCCCGUUUCUGCCACACUGCCACAGUGGAACGUUUCCUGA